AUGCCUUCUGCUCUGGGUUUGGCUGCAGCAGUAGCAUUUCUGAGCGUGGUGCUGCCAGCGGGGAGCAGUGCUGCCGAUCCACAGGGAGACGAAGUUCCUUCGCUACCCAGUGUUGGUGACCCGCCUAAAGAACAGACAACAGAACAGCCCGUACCGAUACUGCAUGAAGCAACAUCCCCUUCAAGCCGCCCCGCAUUGGGUGUUGCGCUUCUCCUAGUGUUCUCCACUGUGCUGAUUCUGCUCUUGGGCUGCAUUCAGCGAGUCAUGUCCUCCCAGAAGGACCCUAGCGGUGCAAGCACUCUUGGAGGUAAAGACGGGGAAAAAGAUGAAUGCAAACAGCUUGAGGAGGCACUAACUGGUGGUGGUGGGGAAGGGGCUUCUGGUGGUGGGGAAGGUUCGGGAGAGGAAAAGCCUGCUGGUCCUGAUGAAGAAGGCGCUUCCGAAGAGGGCGAAGAGGCCCCUUCUAGUGAAUUUGAGGAGGGCGGCUUUGAGGAUUUCUUUCAUAAACCCCGAAGAGACAGCGCGGAGGAUGUGACCGGUCCCUGGCCUAUCCCAAGCAUAGGCGAACCAUGGCCACCAGCAGACCCCCCUGUUACUCUGGGGAGAGAGGAAGCUGAAGAGAGAGCCGCCUGGAUGCAGAAGAUCAAAGAUUGGAUUAAAGGGGGUAUGGAGGCAAAAAGUUCUAAGGGCGCUGAGGGUCAUUCCCUUCCCUGGCUUUUGCGUGAGGCAUUCUCUGCUGCACAGAAGAACCUAAAUGCGGAUUUUGGACCGGAUGUCCCUGAAGAACUGGCUAAGUGGUUCAAAGACCUUGUUGAUUAUAUGGAAAAGCUUCUCGACUUCCACUAUAGUGUUAGAAGGGACGGGAGCGAUCCUUUCGACAAUCCGAGUGAUUGGGUACCAACGCGUUAG